UCAAACGCUUGCCCAAUGUAUCUCCGCCAUAUUUCAAUACUCGUGUGGUAAAAAUUGCUUAUAGAAUGUAUUGUAUCAAGUCUAUAUAGGAAAGUGUUGUAUUUAUGGUCAUAAAUAUUAAAAUUUAAGUUGCAACCAUGGAAACAAGUAAUAGCAAAGAUGAUGCAUUGCAUGAUACAACUAAUUCUAAAGAUUUGGAUGAAGAUGAGUCCUUCGUGACUAAAGUACGUUCCAGAGUGUCUGGAAUAUUGAGCUCGUCUUUCUCAAGAUUAUUUAAGAAUCCAAGUGAACGAUCUGGUGUUGUAAGACUAAGAUGUAAUGAAGACGAUGAAACCAAUGAAAGUCAACCCCCCCGAAAAAGAGCCAGAGGAAUUGAACAUGAUACAGUGUCUUCACAUCAUUUCCGAGAUAAUAAUACUCUAAUUCACUCCGAAUUUGUGACUAAAUUGAAUAAUGAAUCAGAAGUUGCAAACACUAUAGUAGAACCUAUUGCCGGUCCAUCUUUCAUUUCCCGUAGAAGUACUCAGAAAACAGUUUCUAAUGCUUCAGAAGAAUUGUCUGAUAAAGAUAAUCAUUUAUGCAGUGAACAAACCAGUGGGUAUUUAACAAUGACAAAAUUAUAUGAUAAGCAGACAGUUCUUGGAAUGAAGAGUAGUACUCCUGCAAGUAUGAUCAAACCAGUUAAAAGUAUAUUUAAUGAGAGGAAAUCACUAUUCCAUAAUUCAACUCCAGAAACACCAAAUAGAUCUUUAUUUGCUGAGCAAAGUCUGAGUCCCCAGGAUAAAAAUACUUCUUUAAGUUCGAGAAGACCGUCCUUUCAUACUUCAAAUUUCAGUUCUCCAAGUUUAAUAGAUAGAACACUUACUACAAAUAAAAUUAUAAACUCCCCUUUUUAUAGUGGUUCAACUAUUUAUGGAGGGGCUUCUGCAUAUGGAAGACAAUUUGGAACAAAUGAAACAAGACAACAACAGUUGAAAAACUCUUUCAUGGUAAAACCGAUAAAUAAGUCCACUGACACUAAAUCAUUUACUUCUCUCAGUAAAACUGCUAGAAGGAUAUUAGAUACAUUGGAACAGUGUAGUACUCCUCUGUCAGAUGUUAAAAAAGUUCCAAUGCCCACAAGAACAGAUAGACAGGGACUAUUUUCAAAGUAUGUGGCAGCAAAUCCUUAUCAAAAGAACUCAAAAGUUUUGUCAAAUAGAGAGUUGUUAGUUCCAUCAGUAUCAGAAAGACUUAAAAUGAAACAGAUUCAACGCUUACAAGAUACAACGAAUGAAAUACGUCAUAUAGCAUCUUCUUCCAAUUCUAAUUUGAAUAAUGAAGACUACAAAAUUGCUAUUGAUAACCAACAAAAGCACACAAAUAAAAUGAAAUCUAAAAUAACUUCAACUAGAACCAAAGCUCCAACCAUAGAGAUUCUAGAUAAUUAUAUUUUGAACCCAGUCCCUUUAAUGAUUCCAGAAAAUAAAUUUCCAAAGUUUGAAAUAUCAGAAUUUAAUACACCUCUAGAAAAUUCCAAUAAAGACAAAGAUCCUGUUUUGGAAAAGGAAAAACUGAACACUAUAAAGACAAAUGAGGUAACUAUAGAAAAGGAACAAUUGAGAAUUGAUCAGAUAAAUCCUUCUUCAGAAAAAGGACGAACUUUGGAAAAUGAAACAAAUACAAAUAAAUUCCAAACUGUUGCAAAAAAAUGUGAAAACCCAAAGAAAGACUUCAUUACAGAAUACAUAUUUUCUAAGCCACUUAUAAUUGCCAAUAAUUCAAGAUCUAUAAUUGCAAUUAAUAAUUUCAAAUUUAGUGAACCUUUGUCGAAAAAAAUUAAAAUGAAUGAAAGAGCUGGUGAAAUGGUACAGAAGAAAUGUAAUUAUAGUGGUAAUAAUAAAUUGACUAAUGGAAAUAUUUCUUGUGAACCAAAUCUUGUAGACGUCAACAAAUCUAGUGAUCUAUUUUUGCAAAAAUUCAAAACACCUGAAGGUCAUUGGGAAUGUCAAACUUGUUUGAUUAGAAAUAAAGCGGAAGUCUUGAAAUGUGUAGCCUGUGAAACGCCCAGAUUACAAAAAAAUGAUAAUUUGAAAAAAGAUUCUUUAUCUAGUUUUGGUCUACAGUUCACGAAAAAAUCAGAUGAAUGGGAUUGUACUACAUGCUUGGUGAGGAAUAAGGUUCAAAGCAAUGUGUGUGUUGCUUGCUCCACUCCUAGAAUUUCAGAAACUGAGACUAACGGGAUUGGAAAUAAAUUACAAAAGGCUGCAAAAGAUUGGGAGUGUGAUAGCUGUUGGGUAAGAAAUAAAGCCGAAUCUUUGAAGUGUGUUGCUUGUGAGAGUAUAAGGAAAGAUUCUUCUUCAAAAUUAAGUGAUGAAUAUAUUACAAGCUCAAGCAGUUGUCAGAAAUGUUUCAACAAAAUCAAUGGAGUAGAAAAUAAAUGUAUAGUAUGUGAUCAGAAAACUAAUAAUGUCAAAUCAGAUUUCCCAAGCUAUUUAAAACCUUCCAGUGAUACUUGGGAGUGUGCGACUUGUCUGAUAAGAAAUAAAAAUGUUUUAAAAACUUGUGCUGCUUGUGAAACUCCAAGAGAAAAAUCUAGUAAUGAAAUAAAAACAGAAGCUUUGAGUAAAAAGUCCGAUAAAUGGGAAUGUCCCACUUGCAUGGUAAGAAAUAAUUCUGAAGUUGAAAAAUGUCCAUGUUGUGAAACUGCAAAACCAGGAAUUACCUUAGUGAAUAAGAGUAAUGUAAAUAUGUUUAACUUUGGAGUCAAUAAAAUGCAAUUCAGUUUUGGUAUUCCACAAGGUACACCAAGCAGUAAUCCAUCAAUAGUAAGUUCACCAUCAUCAUUAUUCGCCAAAAAUGUUAGUGAAACAUCAACAAGUUCACAAGUAUUUAAAUUUGGAAUCGUACCAGAAACUAAGGAAAGUAAUGAAACCAAAACAGAGCAAAAUUUUUCUCUUGCUAAUUCUAAAUCAGAAAGCGCUGAUGAAAAAGAAAAAUCUUCAUCUGCAGGUGCUUUCGAGUUCAAAACACCUUCAGUUGAGUCAAACAAUGGUCUUCCUGUUUUCAAGUUUGGUACUUCAUCAAAAGAAUCUCCAAAAGAUACAUUGUCUGCGAAUCCUAUGUUUAAAUUCAAUUCUUCUAAAACAGAUUCAAAACAAAAUAGCUUUAUAAAAAUAUCAUCUGAAGAUCAGAAAAAAACAGAAAGUGGAACUAUUCCAAUUUCCCAAUCUGAAAGUGAUUCUAGUAAGCCUUCAUUCAGUUUUGAAAGUAAAGAUACCCACUCAAAAGAUGCCACUUCAAAACCGAUGUUCAAUUUUGGAAGUUCCUCAUUUGCUACUCCAGGAGGGGGAUUUAAUUUUAACCCAGUCAAAAAUGAUUUGAAGCAACAAUCUUCUAUUUGCACUGAUUCUCAACAAUUGCUAAGCUCAAAUUCUGGAGGUACAAAAUUGAAGAAUGGAGGUUUCAACUUUGGUACUAAUAUGAAUAGCAAUCAAGCAGCUGUGUUUAGUUUUGGAGCAACUCAAAACCUUACUGAGUCAUCAUUACCAAAAGGAGGAUAUGAUUUUACAUCUGCAAUAAAACCCACAGGUGGUUUCAACUUUACCGCACCUGCUCCUCCUUUAUCUGAUAAUGGUCCCAAACCAUUCAAUUUCACUGGAGGAUCAAUACCAACAUUCUCAGCAAAUUCUACAGAAGGAGAAAGCGGACCUAUUCCUGUACGUAAAUUCAAAAAAGCACUUAGAAGAACUCAGCGAUAGUUUUGGAAAAUUUGUAUAUAGGGGAUGAGUGUGAUUGUAUGGAUCAGUUUCAAGUAAAUCAUUGAAGUAAA